GUUCUGUCUCUCUGCACCCAGUCCUGGAUUGCCUGCUCUCGCUCGCUUUCCCCCUCUCUCUCUCUUUCUCUCACGUGCUAAAUACACCAAUCUCUACGUCAAAGGUGGCUCAGUGUGUUUCUGUUUGAGCACAGAAUCGCCCCAUAAUCCUCUCUCUGUCUCUCUCUCUCUCCCUCUCUCUCUCUCUCUCUCCCCGUCUGUACUGCUCUAUUUACUCACAAACACUCACACACACAUUACCACAGAGAGCUGUCCCUACUUUUUGUCUCUCUGCUCCAUCUCAGCCUCCAUACACAGCAUCCAGGAUGGAUGUACUAAUGAAGGGAUUUUCCAUGGCCAAAGAGGGAAUGGUGGCUGCCGCAGAGAAGACUAAAGCUGGCGUCGAAGAAGCAGCUCUCAAGACCAAAGAGGGCGUCAUGUAUGUAGGUAAUAAGACAAAGGAGGGAGUUGUAUCAGGUGUCAACACAGUGACACAGAGGACUACAGAGCAGGCAAACAUAGUUGGCGAUGCAGCAGUGGCGAAUGCUAAUGAUUUGGGACAGAAGACUGUGGAGGGAGUGGAGAACGUGGCCGCAUCAACCGGCUUGGUGAAUCCAGAUGAACCUGUAUAUGAGGCAGACUUCUCCCAGGGCGGGAUGGAGGGUGGAGACGGUGGCCAGGGAUAUUAGGCCUGGAGUCAGAAACAACACCCUUUCCAUUCUCAGACACACAACCCGUCAGAUUCCUCCCUCCUGUCCUCUCAUCCCAGCAACACUUCCCACACCUCUGAGAUUUCUUUUUGUGACAGUAUGGAAAACCAGAACAGAACAUGUCUUUCCUGGGCUCCCGUUUGCUCUGUAUAAUGCUCUCGUUCCCUCAAAGCUCCAGUGUUGGUGUCGUCAUGCUGUUUUCCUGGUGUUGUCACCCUGAAUCCAGUUACAGAUUUCAUACACAAGCAAUGUUGCGUUAAAUGGCAAAUAUGAAGAGGAGAUCAUGCUUGGCUAUGUGUAGUUGUGUGAAAAUUAUUGUGGUGCGUUUUGACUCCCAAAAAAUGUGAUUUAACCUUCAUCUAGGCCUUCAUCUAAAUGAACAAACAUCACAAUUGACAGUCUCAUAUCUUUCUU